AUGACACGUCCUGGUGUGCGGAUGCACGGUGCACAGCACGGGCUUGUCAAAGUUCGGGAAUUGCAGACUUGGUCAGAAUCCUUGCAUGUUUUACACAACCUCUCCAGGAAUGUGGUUCAGACGCACCUGGUCCUUUACAACACUGCCUUCAGCAAACUCAGAAGCCUCACUAGUUGGUGCAAGGCUGUUUUGCUCCUCGAGUCCAUGGAACACAUGACCAUGGAACGGAGCUUGGUAUCUUUCAAUGCGUUGGUUCGCUCAUUUGCUCUUGCUGGCUGGCUUUGGAGCCUACACAUACUUGACCUUAUGUCUCGGGGCUUUGUGAAAGCAGACGUGAUCACGUGCAACACCGCCAUCAGCUCCGUUGACACAGAACACGACUGGCCGAGAGCGUUGUCCGUUCUAGACAAAUACCAAAACCACUGCGUGCAGACCGACUGCACAACAUGGAACUCCGUGUUCAGUGUGGUAUCCAAGGGUACCUGGCAGCCAGCCGUUUCCAUGGUUCGAAGCAUGGGCCUGGAGCCAAACGUUGUCACUUUUAACACGGCUUUGGCAGCAUCCGACCGUGAUGACGCUGUGCACGAGAACAGACGAGAUGUGCAUCAAGGUUGGCCGGCUGCGCUCCACAUUCGGGCAUCUAUUCCGGACGGUAUGUCAACAGAGAUCAUUACCGAAGUCACAGUCUUGUCUGUUUGUGGCAAGCAAUUGCAGUGGCAAAUUGCUGCGAAUCUUUUCUCUUCACUGUCAUUAGCAGCUCUCGAGCCCAACAUCGUCGGCUGCAAUGCCAUGGUGUUUGCAUAUGGGCAAACCUGUCGCUGGAGAGAUGCUGUGGCGAUGGUGGAGACGGCAGGAGGUGGAUUCCGUCCAAACACCGUGACCUUCAACUCGGCGGUGGGUUCCUGUGAGAAGGCCGCCGAGUGGGAACUGGCCACAGUUUGGAUUGAAGAGAUGCGCCGCGGCCACCUGCAACCCACCACCAUGUCGUGCAAUGCGGCUAUCAGUGCCUGUGAGAAGUCCAGCAGGUGGCAGAUCAGUUUGGAGUUGCUCGCGGAUGUGUGGAGCAAGCGGUGUAACAUGGACACCAUCACCAUCAACGCUGUGAUGAGCUCCUGUGCGAAGGCCAGCUGGCAGCAGGCAUUGCGUGGUCUUUCGCUGGCCGCAAGCCUGUGGCUUCAGGUAAACGUGAUAUCGAUGAAUGCUGCAAUCACUUCAUGCGACACAGGGCACCUGUGGCGAGGUGCAUUGGCGAUUUUGCAGCAUUUCGAGAAUGUGAAGCUGGAGCCGGAUGUAAUUUCGUACAAUUCGGCCAUUAGUGCUUGCGGAAGGUGUGCACGGUGGCCGGAAGCUUUGUGGCUGCUCUCCAUGAUUCCGACAAAUCGGGCCUCUUUGAUUAGUUACAGCGCAGCAGCCUCUGCAUGUGGGCGUGGUGAACAGUGGCAGCGGGCUUUGUCAUUGCUGGAGCUUGCGAUGCAUCAGAGAAUCUCGGCAACUUCCGUUGUUUUUUGUGCAUGCAUGAAUGCAUGCGAGCGUGGCGAUCAAUGGCAUCGUGCACUCGCACUUCUCGGUCUGAUGAAGCAUCGCACCGUGGAGGCGAAUACCAUAGUUAUCAAUUCAGCUGUCAGCGCUUGCGAGAAGGGGAAACACUGGCAGCACUCCAUCGCCCUUCUUCGCGAACUCGAGCACGGAGAUCUGCAAGGUGACAUAAUGACGUACAGUGCAGUGUUGAGCGCGUGUGAGAGCAGAUUUUGCUGGCGGAUCGCCUUGGCUGUGUUUGCAGAGAUGAAGCACAUGGAAUGCGACACUCCAGUGUACAACUCCAUCAUGGCUGCAUGCAUCGCUUCAGGUCAGUGGUCGCAUGUAAUGGGGCUUUUGAUGGAAAUGGAGCAAGGCCGCAUUCAGGCAUCUGCACUCACACAAGCCACGGCCAUAUCUGCGUGUGAACGGGGUCAACAUCUUAGCGGGGCAUGCCAAUUAAUUUCAAGCUUCGAGCUUGGUGACUUAUUGGGAAGCGGUGCAUCGAGAGGCAAAAAGAGUCAAUUCAGAGCUGUCGUGCUGUGCCAUGCCUGCAAGUUCCCUGGUUGCCCACCGCUGUGUCAGAAACGACCUGCACGAGCUACGCGAUCAAAUCGAAGAGUCUCUGCACGACAGGAUCCGAUUUUGUUUUGGGAUGGCGCAGCCUCUGCAGUCGCGUAA